AUGUCCCCUUGGAAUGUGCUAACUUUGGAUCGCUGUGUUGCCAAAGGUAUCGCCCUCUGCGCGAACCAGCAGCUCUGGGACGCGAUGAAAGCAUUCGACCUCACGUUCACGUUCACGUUCGCAGAUGGAGAUUCGAAAACGACCCACCUCUUGUUCUUAAUCAAGGCCAUCGCAUUGUUCAAUGCAAAUCACCACAAAGAGGCAAUGCUGCCUAUCCAAGAGCUUACUACCCAUCCCAAUCCCAAUCCACUUGUUUCUCAUAUCGUGGAAGCAUAUUUACGAGUCCAGUUGGGAACUAUCGCUAUGGACGGUGCCCUUCACAAAGAAGCCGCUGACUACUUUACAGCAGCUGUCAACGCUGGCAUUUUCUAUUCCAAGUUUGAUAUUCAUUCCAUGUACGAGGACUUUGUCGUGCUUUUUGGCUGGGACCUCAAGCCAUUAUGGCAAAUCGCAAACCAGCAACACUACCAUGCACUCUUUCAGGCAGGUCAAAUUGGUGAAGCCCUGGAAGCGUACCGGCUCAUGAUGGACAUGAGUGAUGAGACUAUGAAGGCCAUCUUCCUUGCUUGGGUCAAAAACGGGAUGCAUCUUUUAUGCUCCGGGACACGCCACGAGCACACGAGACUCCAAAUGGCGAAGCUCGCAAUGCUUAGUGUGGAUGACAGAACGAAGGGGUUGCCAUCACAGAAGUACGAAUCGCCACACAGCCAAAACAAGGAACGUCCAGGGUAA